AUGCUGCGCGCCUUAACCUUACUGUCCUUACUCUACCUCUCAAACUGCAUCGAAAUCGGAGAAGACAUCACAUUUGCCUUGGAUCUCAUCAAGCAUCAGCCUUGCGCCAGAGGAGGAAGUAAUCGAAUUAUUUUUAUGCAUUUUGAUUUGCAUUUUACUUCAGAUUCCAAGUGGGUUGAAAAACUCGAGUUCGAAGGAGGAAACGACAAACGAGGACCUAAACUGGAGCCAGUGGAGGGGAAGCCAAAUUGCUUCACUAUUGGAGGACGAGUUCAAGUUUUGGAGGUGGGUUAUAGGAUCGCUGCUUUCUGACAACUACGAAAAAAGUUUCAGGACUUCAGCGGAGAUUUCUCAAUUUAUCUCGAGCUGAAAAAUACUGCUAAGAAAAACGCAGUGCCAGAAAAGUGCGUGAAGCAGGGAGAAGACGGCUGCGGCGGAUUCGGAUCAUGGUACUUUUUUUCUAUCAAUGCAACUGGAAACCGUAUAGAAUGUGAAAUAGCUCAAACUUCUGCCAAUGCGCUCUUUCCAUCACUACAAGAUUUGACGUGUCACCGCUACCAUAAAAAACUAUUUUUGUUCAGCUCGAAAAUUUUUUUCAUUUUUUGAUCCCGAAAAUUCUCGGCCUCCACUAUUGACUUUUUUGACAUCAAGCGUUUCACAAUAGAUUUUUAAAUUAAAAUAAUAAAACGUAAAAUUAAAAUUUCAGCCUUUACUGCAACGCCUGCAAGACUUUCGGUGACAGUUUGGGAGUACAGGCCCAACUUCUCCUUGACGGAAAUCCAAUCAAAUGCACUGUGAGCUCAAAUUAAUGAAUCUUCAAUAAUAAUUUUUUCAGGACGGCCUGAAACAAGGAACUUACGACAACUUGAAGUUGGCCUUCUGCUUGCCAAGAAUGGAAGACAUCCUUCAAUCUCAGGGGCUCACAAAGGAAACAUUCUUGCAGCUCAUUCAGGCGGAUGUACUGGAUCUAAUAUCAUUUUCCUGUUUCAUGAUAAAGUUCCAGGAUGGAAACACGGUCAGAGCUAUGGGUAUUUUCGCUACAGUCUACGUUUUCGAUACCGACGUCAGCCAGCAAAUGCAAACUCAGAUGCGGAUUGAGAGUGUCUACAGAAAAACCAAAAAGAGCUUUUUCAAGGUAAGAUCGGAAUCAGAAACAAUAUAAGAGGUGAAAACAAGAGGGAAGAAAAUAAGCUAUAAACCCUGACUUCAUUUUCUGUCUUGAAAGCAUUUUUCAAAAAUACUUAAAAAAGGUUCUUAGAGCGCGAAUGUCAAAAUUUCCUGAAAACUCUUGAGUAGAAAUUUUAGUUUUAACCAAAAUCCAGCACCGAUAAUCCUAAUCAAUAUGUUUUAAAAUGUGAUUUCUCUGUUCAAUAUUGGAAAAAAAUCGAAAAAUACCAAUGAAACUUUUUUUCUCUGGAGAAACAUUGUAAACUACCUGAAAAUUGGAUAUCUCGAGGUUUCGAAUUUCAAGAUUGAGCUGAAAAAUCUUCUUUGAACAAAGUGAACUUGUAAAAAAAUUUUUGAGUUUUAUUUGGAAAAAAAAUUUUUGCCUUUUUUUAUCUUAAGAGAAAGAUUAUCGGAGCGAUUCUUUAAUUUUUUUAUUUCGAAAACCUCAAUAUAAAAUGAGAAUUUUAGGACGAGCCACUGCCAGCCGACGUCUACUGGUCUCUGCCUUUCAAUCAGAUGCUGAAGACCCAACAAUCCUACGUCGCCUGUCACAAAAUCUACGGAAACCUCCGUGUCAGCAAAAUCUAA